GAGGGCUAAUCCAGUUUGCAGCUGUCGUAGACCAAUGAUGAAUCACCUUUCCGUCAUUUGGCUGUGCUUCCCUUGCUCAGGGAGGAGGGAGGACCUGGAGGAGGAAACAACAGCGUAGUAGAGCUGUGACUCGGAGAGAGACAAUGUGCGCCUCUGUUCCCCCGCUAGUCCUCUCUUCCCUUUCUGCUACAGAAUAACAAUAAUGUUUUCUCAGACAAGCCUUUUUGUGUCAUGGAUGGCUCUGGACUGUGACAUUGAGCUGCAAUAACAAGGAGUGACAUUGUUUCUACUGGGGCAGGUGGAGGCAGGAUAAAGAAAGGAGUGUGGUUUGUGAGGACUCAAAGCCAUCUAGGUCCAGGUCUAUGGAAAUGCAGGAUCUAGCCAGUCCUCACAGCCGAGUAUGUGGAAGCAGUGAAUCUCCUAAUGGUCUCAACCUCGACAACUCCCACAUCAAUAACAAUUCCAUGACACCCAAUGGCACUGAAGGUGAUAGCAUCACAAUGCUUACCACGGCAGACUGGUUGUUAGGUUCUAACUCACAGUCCGCUGCAGUUAAAUCCGAGCCAAUGAGUAGCAGCGAAAUUGCCACCUCAGUAGCAGACACCUCUCUAGACAGCUUCUCAGGAUCAGCUAUUGGAACCAGUGGCUUCAGCCCAAGACAAACUCACCAGUUCUCUCCACAGAUCUACCCUUCCAACAGAACAUAUCCGCAUAUUCUUCCUACCCCUUCAUCCCAAAAUAUGGCUGCGUAUGGGCAGACGCAGUACACCACAGGAAUGCAGCAGGCCGCAGCUUAUGCUAGCUACCCCCAGCCUGGCCAGCCCUAUGGCAUCCCAGGCUAUGGUCCAUUGUGGGCAGGCAUAAAGACGGAGGGGGGUCUAACCCAAUCCCAAUCCCCGGGACAGACGGGCUUCCUAAGCUACAGCUCUGGCUUCACCACGCCGCAGACAGGACAGGCUCCCUACAGUUACCAGAUGCAAGGUGGUACUUUCACAACAACGUCAGGAUUGUAUCCGGGAAACAACUCCUUGACGAACUCCACUGGCUUCAACAGCACACAACAGGACUAUGCCAGUUAUCCAGCCUUUGGCCAGGGGCAGUAUGCUCAGUAUUACAAUAGCUCACCCUACACUUCACCCUACAUGACAAGUAAUAACACCAGCCCUAGCACGCCCUCCACCACCACCACCUACACCCUCCAGGAGCCACCCACUGGUAUCACCAGCCAGGCCCUUACAGAGAACCCUGCAGUAGAGUACAGUACCAUCCACAGUCCAUCAACCCCCAUUAAAGAUUCAGAUUCGGAUCGAUUGCGGCGGGCCUCGGAUGGAAAGUCACGUGGCCGGGGAAGAAGGAACAACAACCCAUCACCGCCGCCUGACUCUGACCUUGAGCGAGUUUUCAUCUGGGACCUGGAUGAAACAAUCAUCGUUUUCCAUUCCUUGCUUACGGGUUCUUAUGCCAACAGAUAUGGACGGGAUCCGCCGACGUCUGUAUCAUUAGGCCUGAGGAUGGAAGAAAUGAUCUUCAACUUGGCCGACACACACCUAUUCUUUAACGACUUGGAGGAAUGUGACCAGGUACAUAUCGACGAUGUGUCCUCCGAUGACAACGGCCAGGAUCUGAGUACGUAUAACUUUGGCGCUGACGGUUUCCACGCGGCGGCGACCAGUGCCAAUCUAUGUCUGGCCACAGGUGUGCGGGGAGGCGUGGACUGGAUGAGAAAACUGGCCUUCCGCUACAGACGAGUAAAAGAAAUCUACACCACCUACAAAAAUAAUGUCGGAGGUCUGCUGGGCCCAGCCAAAAGGGAAGCCUGGUUGCAAUUGCGAGCAGAAAUUGAAGCCUUGACGGACUCCUGGUUAACACUGGCACUGAAAGCACUAACAUUAAUCCACUCAAGGUCAAACUGUGUGAAUAUCCUGGUGACCACCACGCAGCUCAUCCCUGCCCUGGCUAAGGUCCUGCUCUACGGCUUGGGGAUAGUCUUUCCUAUCGAGAAUAUUUAUAGUGCAACCAAAAUAGGGAAGGAGAGCUGCUUUGAGAGAGUAAUUCAAAGGUUUGGGAGGAAAGUUGUUUACAUUGUUGUUGGAGAUGGUGUGGAAGAGGAGCAAGGCUCAAAAAAGCACAACAUGCCCUUCUGGAGGAUCUCCAGCCAUUCAGACCUCAUGGCCCUCCACCAUGCUCUAGACCUGGAGUACUUGUAGCACUACAGCACCAUGGUACACCCUGCUCCGCCUCAGCACACCCUGCAACCUUUCACCUUCGCCCUCCAGCCCCGUCCCGAGCUUGCCGCAGAGCCCACAGCUCAGAAAAGACCCCCCUGCGCUGCCUGGCGUCUGUCUUCCACUACACAGGAAGAAAAAAAGAGGAGAAUGGAGAGAGAAAAAAAGGCUGAGCACACGGUUAAUGUGCUGACAUAUGGUCACACUUCGUCUUAACCCUAAACUUAUUUUUAUUUUUUAUUUUUUUCGAAGCGAAGGAGAGAGGUAAAUUUACGGCACUGCAGCUGCUUGCCCCGUUACUGUGAAUUGGCCGCUUUCUGAAGCUGUCAAAGUGUUUUACGGCCCACUGUUUGUGCCGGGACUCUGUCAGGGUCCACACCUGGAGGAGAGCAGCGCUACUGGUGGCCUCGCCUCAGAACUCAGCUACAGUAAACCACAGGCCCACGACUACUGGUGGUGACAUUUCUCCGUCCCUCUAGCUCUUCACCUCCCGUCUCUUUCGGUUCCUUAUCUGUCUACCUACUUUUUAGUCUCUAUUAUGUCAUUGGACGGACAGACAAAGCAACCGCUCCUCUGCUGAACGUCAGCCUGGGAGUCCUGUGCUUGUUAUUUAUGAACAGAGACUUUGUGAGUGGCACCGUGCCACCGAGAAGGUAUCUCGACGACAAAAGACUCGUGCCUUUUACAAAGUACUAUUGAUUUCCAACUACAGCGAGAGGAAGACAUUUAUGGAAGAAACAAAAAAACAGGGGGUUUUCUAAUAAUUUAAGGAAAUUACAAAAAACUUUAUUUACAAUGCUGAGACAAUCGUGUAUAGAGGAAAUCUUUUUUUGUGUGUGUAAGUUUGUAAUCACUGGACUAUUCCUUCCUAUAUUCAUUUAGGUACGUGCUCUUAAAAGGGGGCAAUGCUUUUUCAUUAAGGUAAAAAAAAAAAUAAAAGGCAUCCCAUCGCACAUAAGCUUGUGCGAAGCCUGAAAGUGUUGAUGUGUUCAAGUUUUGUUCAGUAAACAAAUAUGUAGAUAAUGGGAUUUUGUGAUAAAUCAUUUUGUCAAGACCAAAAGCAUGGAUGUCAAGUGUCAAUGACCUUUCAUUUGAUUCUGUGACGUUUCUCGUCCUUAAAGGAAACUGCAGUCACAUCUUUAUACAUCAUAACAGGUCUCCUUUACUGCAAGUUCUUUUUAGACUCAUAUUUUGAAGGGAAAGAGGUAUUUGGCAUUCUUUGUUAUUCAGAAAGGUAGCUCACAACUUGUGUCCUUACGGCAUUUCACCAGCUUGCAGCCCUGACCCCAUAUAUUUGAAAGCAAACUUAAUUCUGAUACAUUUUUUGUAUAUGGCAUGGAAGAAACGGAGAAAACUCACUAUUUCCUGCCUCCUGAGAGCCAUCUUGGUAACAAAUUUAAAAUUUUAAAGCAGGCUUGAAUAGGUUUUAUUAUCUUUUAUACAAGCGCUAUAACACCUCUUGUACAGCAAGCAUAAUUUUGUAUAAUGUAGUGUUUUUAUUUCGACUUUGACGAUACAUUCUGUGUCCCUCUUUGAAAUAGUUUAAUUACACAAAUCCCUUUUCAUAAUGCUUCUACAUCCGUGGAUGGGGAAACUGUAAUGAACAUUGAAAGAAAAGCCACUAACUUCGAGGGGUUUGUGAACAUACAGGACAUGUGCUAUCGACUGUGAAUUUCUUAAACAGAAACCCAUUUGUUGCGUUUCUAAUUUUCCCUCCUUUGCACAUGAUCACUGUUGGCCUUUACAUUUCAAUUUGGAUCCUUUUCUCCCCUGCCCCCACCCCGUUUUCUCAAACAUCAACUUUUUCCCCCGCGCUCUGGGGGUAUCUACAUAUUGCUGCUAGAUCAAGGUAAUGGUAGGUAACUAGUGGAAAUGUUUUAUAGAUUCAUACAGCACGCUUUUUUUAUUAUGUUGCAAUCAUGAAUGCAAACUGGAAAUACUUUACACUACAUGGGCCUCAUUGUGAAACGCAAAAGAUUGUUGUGUCUGCAAAAUAUGUGUACAGAUGUUUUUGACAUUAUUAUUUGAUUGUGUUUAAAUUAAUAAAACUGAUUUGUGAACUCUUA